CUCCAUAACACCUCUCCCCCGACCUCUCCCCCCACUACUCCAAUCAACCAACCACACCACCACCACCACCCCCAACCUGAACCCGCAAUGAAACUCACCGCCACCCCCGCCGAGUUCCAAACGCACUCGGUACGCCUACUUCGCGCAUACCCGUCGAGCACGAAAGUGACCACGACGUACCACUCGUCGGCGACGGGCAAGGGCGCGCUGACUCUGAAGACGUACGAUCCUGUGUCCGGCGUCGUGAUCAAGUUCUCGACCACAAAGAUUGCCGAUGUCGGCCGGUUGGUUGCUGGGUUGCAACGGCUCGCCAGGGAGCAGAUUGGUGUGCUGGAGGAGGAGAGGGAGGAUGUGGUGAUGGCUGAGGCGAACGAAAAGGAGGUUGCUACGCCCGCUGCGGCUGCGGCGCCUGCGACACCGGCACCUGCGACACCGGCACCAGCACCGACACCGGCAGAUGGUGGCGCGGCAAAGGGGAAGGGCAAGAAGAAGAAGGGGAAGAAAUGAGCGGCGGAUAUGCGGACGAGACGAAUUGUGGGUUUUUAUGCGACAACACGAUAGCACGACCGAAUAUCUGCUACUACAAUGCUGCACUCGGGGUAGUCAAACAAUCGUAUUCGAUA